CCUCAACCGGAGACUAACUGCAACUGCACGUGAACAGACCUGUCUUUGCCUGUAUACGCCGCUCUCUGACUUCUCAGCUCUCAUUCUCUAGAAGAUGGCGGACUGCGCUUCACUGUUAGAUGAGGAGCUCUCUUCCUUUGUCUUCAAUUACCUGACAGAAAACUCCGGGAGCCAGUAUGGGGAGGAGGAGGUCUGCUCGGACUGCCUGGACUCUGACUUCCCUGACAUUGACCUCUCUCAGCUGGACGCCAGCGACUUUGACUCAGUCAACUGCCUCAGCGAGCUCCACUGGUGCAACGACCAAUCAGACAUCUCCGCUGCCUCCAUCCAGUACAGCACAGGAGACCCCGAGUUCUUUGAGAUAGAAGAUGAGAAUGCGGCACUGCUGGCUGCUCUCACAGACAGCCUGGACGGCAUGGUGGAGGACGAGGUGGGGGGGCUGUCUGUGUUUCCCUCGCUGGGGGAGGGGUCUGAGGAGGACCUCCCCUUCCCUUCAGGCUCCCUGAGUGACGGCUCCCUGAGCUCAGAGACUGAAGACCCGUCUCUACUGAAAAAGCUCCUGCUGUCCCCCCCUAACGUGCCCAUGGGCCUGGAGUCACACAAAGAGGGCAGCAGCAACAGCGGGCAUCGCCAUUGCAGCAGGAGCCUGCAUCUGAAACCUGUCAGGCCUUUGGUUAAGCGUGAAAGCACACAGGAGCGUAAGCCCCGAGCGGUGCGACCAGCAGGACGUCUGUGCACAGAGCUCCACCGGCACCUGACCAGCGCACAGGAGGCGGAGGACACUCCUUCAGCCGACACAGAGGAUGAGGAGGACGAGGAGGAAGAUGAUGACGAGGAGGACAGUGAGUCCGAGGAGGAAGAAGAGGAGGAGGAGGAGGAGGAGUCCUCGAGCAGUGAGAGUGAACGCUCCACUCCCCUUGAGCCCACCAAGCCCCAGUUCUCCUCUGAGAAAGAACUCAAAUCUGUGGUGGAGCUCAUCAAGUAUAUGCACACAUACUGCCUGCCAGCGCGCAAGCAGGCCGUCUGGGAGCGCAAGGAGCGCGAGUGCCUAGGCCAGGUACGAAGGGUCAGGCCCGAGUGCACCCCGUUCCUGAUCCCCCCGAACUGUCACAAGGCUGCCCCCCAGGCCCAAAGCAGCACCCCUCGGCCGCGCCUCGCAUUCACCCGCAGACGGGAGGUCAAAGCCAACUCUCUCCUGCGCGAACUGCUCAAAGCGGUCAACUCCUUUGACGUGAGCAAGCCUUACAGACUCCACAGCCCCCCCUACACCCAUAACAGAGGAGCUAUCACCAAGCCAGUGCAUGACAGAAAGACUGAGACCCCCAGCCUGGCUGCCAGCUCAACCAAACCAGAGCUUAUGAAAGAGCACGGCCUAGAGGCCCCUCUGAGCCCUGACCUGGAGGACGCCUCCUUCUCUGUCCGCCGCUCCCGCAGGCUCGCCUCUUUCCCCAGCCGCUUCGCCAAGAAGGUGCGUGCAGGCCAGGUGAGGGUGGAGCCUGCGUCCGGGGCGCGGCGCCCUGGCGAGGAGGACAAGGCGGUCAAACACCCCCUGGGAGACGACCCGGAGAAGGACUCCGCCGCCAAUAACAACAGCACUUUCCAAACCACGGCAAACGCAGCCGAAUCCGAUAACCUCUGCUGUCAGAACGAGAAACGCGCCUGCCUCUGUCUGCCGCUGAAAUCUACUGGAGACACACAGUAUGCCAACAAGCCCUUUGAGCAGACUCUCAGCGUGGAUCUGUGUGGCACAGCAGGCCUCACCCCUCCCACCACCCCCCCUCACAAGCAAGUGGAGGACGAGCUGUUCAAGCCAGAGGGGAAAGGAGAAUCCCCCCCGAAGGGCUCGUGGCUGACCCGGGCCCACUCCCGCAAGCUCCCCGAGCAGACUGAACUCUACGCCCAGCUCCGCAAGAUGGGCCAGGCCAUCGAUGCAGAACCCAAAGUCCACAGGACGUUCGGAGACCACGACUACUGCCUGCUGAGUCUGGGGGAGAGCCGGAAGAGAACCACCGCCAUGCUGUCCCACUCACUGUUCGGACGCCCCUCUCCGGAGGGGCCAGAGCCUAAGGGGGACAGGGCUGACCCCAGGGUCCAGGGGGACAAGAGGCUGGAACAGCAGCAUGAAGACAGGCUCUUUUCCAAGGUGCCAGAGUACCUGAGUAACGGUAACAGGGCUGACAGCAAGGUGGACGCUUUAUCCCCCCAUAACUCAGAUGAAGAGGGGGAACGCUCCUCCCGUUCACCCUCCCCCAUCCUCCACUCCGGCUGCUGCCAGCCCCACUCGCCUAGCAGCAAGCCCGACUUCAGCUGUGAGAACUCUGAGACGUGCCACGGAGACAAGCAGAGAAACAAAAUCUCCAAGUCUGUGUUUCAAAUUGACGAGGACAACUGCCAAGUGUUCUACAUACACAACCUGCCGAGCAGCGUCACACAAACGAUGCUGCGCAAACGCUUCGAGGCCUUUGGAGACCCGGAGGACUGCAAAGUCAUCACCAAACAUGAGGAACGCUGUGGAGUCAUCAAGUUCCGUCCGGCACCCAGCGGGCAGCAGAUCCAGCGGCACAGACGAGAGCCGCUCUUCCAGAACGGAGGGGGUGGUAUGCACAGGCUCAGCAGGAAGAGAUACAUAGAUCUGGACGAAGCAGGACCAGGGCCGGUGAAGAGCAAGUAUGACGCCCUGGACUUUGACACCCUGCUAAAGGAGGCCCAGAAGAGCCUGCAUCGCUGACGGUGACUCGGCUGGCCUCGCCUUAGAACCCUCGUACCACCCCAGACUUGCCUCAGUACCUCAACCAAGGCACCUCGUCAUGUUUACAUUUUUAACGUUGGAAUAAGAAACUGACCUUCUCUCUUUCAACUGAGGAUACUCCCGAGGAAGCUAGCAGGGGUUGGAGGGAUGGAGAAAAAAAGCAACGAAACAACAUAACAUUUAUCUGAACACAAAAAGCUGCUUCCUGUCUGUGUUCCUGACUUUGUUGUGACUCAUCGUGGUCCCGUUGAGAGCCAAUGGGCGUGUGGGCGGGCGAGACCUCUGUAGCAAACCUUGCUCCCUCCGUUGGUCGUUGUGGUGUGUGUGUCUGCGUGCGUGUCGUUUUUUUGUACCCCCUUGGUCACUACUGGUGGAACUGCAAGCUGUAUUCGCCAUUACGUUGUACGGUAUAUAGCAAAACCUGCUUAAUAUUAGCAAAAUUGUGGAUGUUAAAACUGUGUGUUAUGACAUAAAAUACAAAAACAAAAAAAUAUUUGGAACAGCUUAGAGUUUACAAAUCGAAAAUGAAAAGAAAAAAAUCUUGUUUUUUGUAAUUUUAGUGCUUCCUUAAUUUCAUCUAUGCACUCUAACGAGGUAAUCAUGUUUCUUCUCUCAACUUCUUCCCGCUACUCUGCCACGCAACUCUGCUAUGCUGUUGGCUGCUUUACUCUAUAGGUUCUGAGCUAGCCACUCUCACAACCUGGUUACACUAAUCUAGGAUGGCAGUCACUUCCUAUCCUACCAAUGCCACAUAAAUGGGCCUAUGACAACUAACGCUAUUAUGUCAUGAAGUAAAUUUCAAGGCAUACUUACCCUAUGAAAACUCACUCUCCAGAGCAAGAUCACAUAAUCCAUCCCAGCCAAUACUCUGCACUAUUUGUACUAUCUGAACAUGUCUGUAAGUGCAACCCAGCCAAGGACAGAGCAGAAUCAGACAUUUACUCCAGGUUCUAGAUUAUACCGUAUACUAUAGUAAUGGAAUGUACACCUCACUGAUCUGAAUGUAGAGCCCUUACCUGAAUCCAAGUCUCUGUAGUUGUGCUCCUUUAAUAGAGCUCCAUUGUAGCCUGUCUUUUUGUGAUGCAGCCAGCAGCAUAGCUGAGGGAGAGAGCAUCCAAGGCUCACCGUACAGGGGUACCACUUCUGUAUAUGGUGAUGGUAGAGGUCAUAUUACGAUUAACACCUGAGAGAGGGGUGGUGGUAAAUCAAAAGAGUCUGUUGAACUCUGUUGAAAUUUCCCAGAGGUAUGGAUGGUACCACAUCAGACAAGCGUCUCCACCUCAUUUAGAUCCUUCCCUCUUCUUCUCGGGUGCUCUCUUCCUCUUUUUACUCUCGCUCUUCCUCCGCUGAUACACUCAUUUACUUCUCCCAAGCUAUCCUUUCUGAUUGGUGGAGGAGUUCAGCUUGCUUUUCCUGCUAAAACUCCCACAACUCGCCUCGUGGCUAAAAACUCAAAAUAGUUUGCGUGUCAGUUUUUGGACUGUGUAUCCAAUGUGUACCUGAGUGUGUCGUCUGUCUGUGUCUCGUGUUCGGGUUGGCGCUGCCAUCGCUGGGGAUCCCAGGGGGACCCAUGGCCCUCUGGUGUGCUGGGAGACUGAAGACCUAUUUUGUUCUCUCCCCCUCUCUUUAUUUUUUCUUCGAAGACCAGGUCCCCCUGUCCCCCAGCCCCUCAAUACUGUGCAGCCUAGCUCUUCUGUGUGUGGGCAUGGGGCCUCGUGCUGCCCCAGCCUUGGCAAACCUCCUUCAUUUUUUCUAACAGAUUAUCCCUGUCUCUCUCUCUCUCUCUUCCCCAUUUAUCUAAUCUUCUCCUCUGUAACACACAUGAAAUUGAAUGUUUACAUCACUGAUUUCUCCUUCGACUUUAUUAGUUUGCACACUAAGUACAAAGACGCCUUAUUCAGUGUUUGAGUAUCCUAUCAGGAUGUGCCUUCUUGGCUUACCCUAGUAGGUUUACUGAAGUAAAAAAAAGUACAAUAUUUAGUGCUAUACAUACUGAUAAAAAAAAAAAAGGUUGCUAAUCAAAAGAAGAAAAGCUGAAUGAGUAUUUGUGCUUAGUAUGUAUACUACUAAAAAGUGAGAGAAUGUGCUGGUUUACAUGAUAAAAAAUAUAAAUAUGAUAUUAUAUAAUGUGUAUAUAGCACUAUGCGUAGUGUAAACAUGAAAUGUAUCGUUGUGUCUAUACAGCGAUUUGUAGAUGUGCGUUAUAAAGGUGGUGGGACACCAUCGCUAAUCAGACUGGUAAGGAUAAACUGUUUAAAGAUGCAAGGUUGAACAAUACAGGGAGUAACUGAACUGAAGGGAAUUUCUUUUAAAAUGACUUGACACAAGUCACACUGUUGUAUAAAGUAUCCCUUUAGAUAUGCUAUAGAAAGUUUCAUUUCUUUUUUAAUGAUUUAAAUAUUUUUGAUGAUUUUUCUUUUUUUAACGCAAUUGAGAUGCAAUACAUAUAUCUAUGAGACAGCCUUUCUCAAAAAUUGGAAGUGGUUAUUUCAGUGGUUGGUUAUUAAAAUAAAUCCUUGAAAACUGAUCCUGUACUGUACGUUGUAGAACUGCUAAAAAAAAAUAAAAAUAAAAAAUAAAAAAAAGAUAUAAAAUGACAAAUAAUAAUGUGGUCAGUCAUGCCAUACAUCUAAAAAAUAAUGUAGAACAAUAAUACCGUUGCACAUAAUAGCCCCAAAUAGUGAAAUAUCUGUUCACAACUUUUCAUGAAAGGAACUAGACCUAUUAAUGACACAUGUUGUUGGUACACAGGUUGUUAAACUUGUUGAAAUUCAGUGGACACUUGUAUAAUGAUUGGCAACUUGUGAACAUGUAUGACUCUAAUUUUGGAGAGAGGGAAAGAAAAUGGUCACUAUGCUUUCAGCCCCUGUUGAAUUUUCAGACUACUUGAUGCCAGUGGCGUGCUUACAUCAGUAGAGUUGAAUGACAACAAACGAUUCUCAUGAGGAGAGCCUUAAAACAAUAGGGGAAAACGAAUGCUAUCACUAUAGCUUUUAAUAUUACUGUUUUAUCUCCUUUCAAAUCCUAUGUGUUUUAUUAUUAUUAAAACUUUUUUCAAUACAGCCAUAUUAUAAAAGGUAUAUAAAUAUAUAUACAUAUGAAUAUAUAUUUGUGUGUUUGUGUAGAUAUUAAGAUCAUUAUAUACUUUCUUAUAGAAAACUUUGAUGUUAACCAUUUUCCUCAGUGUUUCAGAGCACUUCGGCACAUUUCAACAACUACUGUCAAUCUAGGAUUUGUUAGGUUGAGAGAUUAUCCGAAUUGAACUCCUUCCGAAGGCAACCCUCGUCAGAACAGAAUGCAAUACUGUCUUCCCACUCUUCAUUUCAGAAAAUGGCAAAAAAUAAACUUGAGGCAAGUUGACCAAAACUAUAUUUGAUGUUGGCUUUAAAUCGAAUUCGGAGAGCCUUGUCAGAUUGAUUUUCUAAAUGUCAUUAUCCAACUACAUAGUCCACACAAAUACAUAUUUAAAUUUUCCGAUUUCAUUUCAUUGGAAAAUGUCUCUUUAAACUCACCACCAUGUUAAUAAACUCGCCCUAUAGAAAGAAAGCGCUUGCAAUACUGGUCCUCUGUGGGCCCCUGAAUCACCACUGUUCACUGUACUCUGGAUGUAAAUGGAUAUUUCUGCACUACUACCCUGAGUCAUGUGUAUCAAAGGUUAUUUUGUAUCCCAGACAGUCAACACACAGAAAACAUCUGAUAACAUAAUGGUAAUGUGAUGUCAUUGGCCACUUUGGGGGCUGCAAACUGUCACAACCUAGCUAGCUGUGAGCGGGUCUUUGGUGGAAGAACAAUUGACAUAAAAGGGCAUACAUUGUUUGUUUUUCUUGUUUUUAUUUAUUGCUAUUGAUUUUUUUUUUGUCUAUUUACAUCUAAUGACUAUCAAAAUUCACAAAAUGAUUUCCUUUUUUAAUGUAGUUUUGGUAAACAGUAAAUACUGCUAGUGAGAUUUUAUAUUUUUACAUAUGUUGGUUUUAUUUUGCAUUUAUUCUUUUUUAUUUAUAAGCCACUUAGUUUGGAUGUCUUUUAAUGGUGUAUUUUUCUGUUUUGUGUGAUUUCAUAUGUCUUCAGAAUGUGGAGACAAUGCAUUUCAGGACAUUUGAAUUGUUAAAAUCUAGUUUCAUAGAUACAUUUAUCUAUAGCGGAAAUUAUCUGAUGUUAUAAAUUAUAUUUUAAUUCAUGUAAAUAGUUUCAAAAUGAAGACUGUGGCUUCAUUUUAAACUGAAUACAUUUCUCUUCAGAGAUUGUUUACAUUAUUAAACUGUAGAAAUGUUCCUCAUAUACUGUAAAAAGUACAUAUUUUAUUGAUUUGCCUCCAAAAAAUAAAAUCCUAAUGAACAACA